AUGCGGAUCUUCACACUUCCAGAAGUUGUGACGAGUCUAAGGGCUUUUGCAGAGGUCAUUCUGGUUGUUCAGGGUGGUGUGGUGAUGGGGUACAGGGUGGUUCCCAGCAUCCAGGGCAUGUGGCUCACGCUGCCCCUGCUGCUCCUGGUCUUCCCGCUGGCCGUGGUGAGGGCUGAGGAGACGGACUACUACAACUUGCUGGGCAUCAGCAGGGAGGCAACAACAAGAGAAAUAAGACAGGCUUUUAAAAAGCUGGCGCUCACCAUGCACCCUGACAAAAAUCCAGGAGAUCCUUCUGCUCACGAUAGGUUUCUGAAAGUGAACCGAGCCUAUGAGGUCCUGAAAGAUGAAGAUCUGAGAAAAAAAUAUGAUAAGUAUGGAGAAAAGGGAUUAGAUGAACAGCAGGGGGGACGUUAUGAAAGCUGGAACUACUACCGAUAUGACUUUGGUAUCUAUGAUGAUGACUUGGAGAUCAUCACAUUAGACAGUGGAGACUUUGAAGCUGCCGUGAACUCUGGAGAAAUCUGGUUUGUGAACUUCUAUUUCCCACGAUGUUCGCACUGUCACCAGCUGGCUCCAACGUGGAGGGAAUUUGCCAAAGAGAUGGACGGAGUGAUCCGGAUUGGAGCGGUUAACUGUGGAGACAACAACCACCUCUGCAGGAGGAAAGGAAUCAACAGCUAUCCCAGCCUGUAUAUUUACAAAUCAGGACAGAGGCCAGAGAAGUUCAACGGGGAACGCAACAAAGACGACCUGGUCCGGUUUGCCAUGCAGUUCAUUACUACAACCGUCACUCAGCUAUGGCAAGGUAACGUGUUCAACGAGAUAGAGAGUGUGUUCUCCUCCGGGCUGGGCUGGCUGAUCACCUUCUGCUCCGACACCGGAGAUUGCCUGGAGCCCAGAACAAGACAAAAACUGGCAGGGAUGCUGGACGGUCUGGUUAAGGUGGGAUGGAUGGACUGCACUGUGGAUCAACACCUCUGUGACAGUUUCCAGGUGACCAGCGGAUCAACUGCUUUAUUCCCUCCUGGAAGUGCUUUAGACCAGGAAGGCAGCGUACUGUGGCUGAAGACUCUGGACAGUAAGGAGAUUUACAAUCAGGCCAUGAACCAUCUGCCAGAGCUGGAGCUGCUGACCGUCGACACUUUCCAGAAAAAACUGGCCCGUCAUCGCUGGUUGGUGAGUUUUACGUUUGGGGGCCGAACUUCCGCGGAGUACAAGAAGCUGCGAGCGUUUCUACGAAACGACCACAUCCAGGUUGGCCGAGUGGACUGCACAGGCGACCCGGAGCUCUGCCAGUCUCUUUACAUCCAUAAACCCUGUGUGGCCGUCUUCAAAGGACUGGGGAUCCACGACUUCGAGAUCCAUCACGGUAAAGAUGUGUUGUACAACAUUGUGGGUUUUGCACGGGACAGCGUUGGCGCCCACGUGACGACUCUGAGGCCGGACAACUUUCCCUCGGACAGAAAGGAGCCGUGGCUGGUGGACUUCUUCGCUCCGUGGUGUCCUCCAUGUCGAGCUUUACUGCCCGAGCUCCGAAAAGCUUCAAUCCAACUGGCCGGACAGAUGAAGUUCGGCACCCUGGACUGUACCGUCCACCACAACCUCUGCUCCAUGUACAAUAUUCAGGCCUACCCCACCACGGUGGUCUUCAACGGUUCCUCUGUUCACGAGUACGAAGGACACCACUCAGCAGAUGGCAUCCUGGAGUUCAUACAGGAUCUGGUAAAUCCGUCCGUGGUGGUCCUGGAUCCCUCCAGUUUCACAGAGAGAGUGAAAGGUCGAGGCGGGGGGCAGAUCUGGGCGGUGGACUUCUACGCCCCCUGGUGCGGUCCCUGUCAGGCUCUGCUGCCCGAGUGGAGACGCAUGGCCCGGCUGCUGUCGGGUCAGAUCCUGGUGGGCUCAGUGGACUGUCAGCGCUUCCAGACCUUCUGCCAGAGCCAGGGCGUGAGGGCGUACCCCGAAAUCCGCCUCUACCCCGGCAACGCCCGGCAGCCGGAGCGCUACACGACUUACAAUGGCUGGAACAGAGAUUCUCAUUCACUGAGAACGUGGGCGCUCAGCUCCUUACCCAGAGCCUCGGUGGAUCUGACCCCAGAGACCUUCAGAUCUCAGGUUCUGUCCGGCCGGGACCACUGGGUCCUGGACUUCUACGCGCCCUGGUGCGGGCCGUGUCAGCACUUUGCCCCAGAGUUUGAGGUCCUGGCUCGGCUGCUCAAAGGGGAGAUUCGGGCAGGGAAAGUGGACUGCCAGGCUCAUUAUCAGACCUGUCAGGCAGCAGGAAUCACCGCCUACCCAACCGUCAGAUUUUACCCAUACCUGGGAACAAAAAGGUAUGAACACAGCGGAGAGCACAUCAACAGCCGGGAUGCUAAUACCAUUGCUGACAUCACCAGACAGCGACUAAUACAGCUGUUGCCACGGUUACAGAACACACCAAAGGAUGAGCUCUGAUGGAAUAGGGAACAAGUGGCCAGCAGUCUGAUUGGUCAGAGUGGGGACAUGAGUGGAUUCAACUGGUCCAAGUAAACA